AUGCAGCAGGGGAGGAAGAGGAGCCGCCCGCGCAUCGCCGGCGUCCGGCCGGGGCCCUCCUCCUCGCCGACGCGCCGGGGCGGGACCAGCGGCGGCGCAGGCGCCGGGCAGAGGCUCCGGCUGCCGGUGCAGCUGGCGCAGGGACCGCGGUCGCGGAGGCGGGCCGAGGGGAAGAGGGCGCUCACGCGCUCCGCCUCCGAGCCGGCGCUCUGGUGGCGCGACGACGCCCGCAUCCACCCCGUGACCCAUCCGCCGUCCCCGCCGCCGCCGCCGAUCAACCGCCCGCACACCUGCUACGACGUCCUCGCGCCGGACUCCCCCUUCGCCUCCUCCUCCCUGCUGCUGCCGCCCGAUCGUCGCACGCCCUGGGAGGAGGCGAAGGUGGUGGUGAACGUGACGGUGGAGGGGAGCGCGGGGCCGGUGAGGGCGAUGGUCAGCCUCGGCUCCAGCAUCCGGGACGCCAUCGCCGCGGUGGUGGAGAGGUACCACCGGGAGGGGAGGAGCCCCCGGCUGGACCCGGCCUCCGCCGAGUCCUUCCAGCUACAUCACUCUCACUUCUCCCUCCAGAGUUUAAACAAGAACGACAAGAUCGGCGAAGUGGGCGGCAGAAAUUUCUACCUGCACAAAAGCGGCGGAACCAACGGGCUUGCGCUUCAGAGGGGAGAACCUGGUGUGCAUUCAGGUGGCGGCGAGACUACACAGAGCCAUGGAGGGCAGCUUGCCGGGGUCCCAUACCACCAUCACCUCCUCGCCAUUGUCAUGAAGAAGCUGGAUAAAAUCGGCAGGCGGACGAAGAGGCUUUGGAGGCUCCUCACCUGUGACUGCACAUGA